CAAGCGGUGAAUGAAUGGUGAUCCAGAUUUUUUUUGUAAAUCGUACGUUUUUUUUACGCACUUUGUGUGACUAUAAUAGGCUAAAUAGCUCCAUGCUGUGACACAAGACACUACAAACGUUACAGUACUUGGAAGGAGGAAGGAAGGAGACAACGUUGUUUUUGUUGAGUUACAUUAAAAACCGUUUAUAAUCUGGGGGUAGGUUUGAACUGUGUCUUCCACCACCAUGGCCACGAUGGCCAGCUUUAUGGCCCGACCGUUGCGAACACUCAUCGCAACGCCCAUGGUCCUUCGCCACAGCAGUAAGUUCACCAAGACAAUAAAAGAUGGCAUCAAAGGGAAGCAUCCGUUUGCGACUCCUGAAACGUCUGCGUUUUAUAAUCCAAAUCACCCGCCCUACCAGACCGAUGUUGUGGUCAUUGGAGGAGGAGUGAUGGGAUCAAGUAUUGCGUACCACCUGAAGAGGGACGCAGAAGCGGGACUUAAUGUGCUCGUCGUUGAACGGGAUCCAACGUACACCAGGGCGUCAACCACUCUUUCAGUCGGUGGCAUCAGACAACAGUUCUCAAUCCCAGCCAAUGUGGAGUUGUCCAUGUACAGUGUAAACUUUCUUAAAACAAUUAAGGAGCACCUGUGUGUUGAUGAUGCAGAUCCACCUGACGUUCAAUUCAAUCAAGGGGGAUAUCUACUCUUGGCCUCAGAGCAAGGCGCAGAACAAAUGAUGGAGAAUCACAGAAUGCAAAGGGAGUAUGGUGCUAUGGUUGAGCUCUUUACCGCCAAACAACUCAAAAGCAGAUUCCCUUGGUUGAAUACCGAGGACGUGGCUCUAGCUUCAUAUGGAUUUGAAAAUGAAGGUUGGUUUGAUCCUUGGUCUCUUCUCAAGGCUUUUAAAGAGAAAGCGUUGUCACUCGGAGCUCAGUAUAUCAACGGAGAAGUCAAUGGGUUUGGUUGUGUGCAAGUGCCGAGACAAGGGGCUGAAAUGGCAUACUAUACAGGCAGUGGUCGUAGGGUGAAAACUGUAAAGAUCCGUAUGCCGAACAGUCCAGAGGUAUUACAAGUGCAGUGUUCAAUGGUGGUCAUUGCAGCAGGGGCGUGGUCAGGGGAGGUGGCUGAAAUGUUGGACAUUGGCAAGGGGUCAGAGGAAGACCUCCUCGACGUAGCCCUGCCGGUUGUCCCACGGAAGCGUUACGCCUACGUAGUGCACUCACCGGACGGACCGGUGCUGGACUGCCCAUUAGUGAUUGAUAACUCUGGAACCUAUUUGAGGAGAGAAGGACUAGGUGGAAAUUAUGUUUGUGGCCGAGGGCCGCCGACAGAGGAAGAAGAACCUCACACAGAUAAUUUGCAAGUAGAUUAUGAAUUUUUUGAGGAGAAAGUGUGGCCUCAUCUAGCUCAUCGAAUGCCAUGUAUGGAGAACUUGAAAGUCAAAAGUGCUUGGGCUGGUUACUAUGACUACAACACAUUAGAUCAGAACGGCAUCAUCGGUAACCAUCCGGCUUACCCCAACCUAUACAUGGCAACUGGGUUCAGUGGGCAUGGUAUCCAGCAGGCUCCAGCCGUUGGCCUCGCAGUCAGCGAUUUGAUACUUCAUGGGGAGAUUAGCGCGUUUGAUCUGUCGGACCUCAGCUUCGAUCGCGUCAUGCAGAACAAACCGCUAUUUGAGAAAUGCAUUUACUGAGACAUGAUUGGACAUUGUGUAAGUUCUGAGAGCAGUCUACAUUGUGAUGGUAAGUCAUCAAGCCAGAUGUGCGUAAAAAGACACCUGCUAAAAUGUGGAUAAAUUGAACUACCUCUAACUCCAAAGUCGGCAUAUUUUGAGAUAUACCAAAGCUCACUCGUUGGAUUCUUCAAAGGUAUUUCUUCUGAUUAUUCAAGGAGGAACCUCAAGAAUGUUGAAAGGCAAGUUUAAGAAAAACAAAUUCCACAGAAAACCAAACAAAACUCGCUUGUUGCAUUUUCUUAUGCCUUUUGGCAAACGAUGGAGCCAGGUUGUGUGAAGUUAAACAUUGUGACUUUAACAGUGGAACUAGGCCUUCUACUUCUUCUCACCCAUACACUGUGGCUUUGUUGAAAUGUAGAGCAAAGAGCCAUUCCAACAGCUCUAUUCCACGUACUGCAUCUCUUUGAAACUCCUUGCCUGGUGCAUGUUUCCCUCC